CACCCAUCGGUGACGGCCGGGAGGUGGAGAUAAGAGUGAGCAAGCACCGACUGACGGGGUUCACAGGCUGCUUCGAGACCCACUGGACCACAGGACCCUUAUUUAUUAUUGACGAUUCGCCGUGGACUUCAUUACUUGUUGUUUAAUUAAAUAUUUAUCAAAUAAAAUUCAAAUAUGCAUUCCGUGCAAUUCAUCAACCGACCGGAGUGAUGAAGGAGUGGGCGGAUGGGGGGCGCAGUCAUCGUUUAAAGAAACCCCUCCAAGUGCGCAUGCGCAUGGAUUUGAAGAGAAUACGCCAUAUUGAAUUCCCGUAGGAAACGGCUAGCAUUUUUUUCCCAGCUAGCGGUGUAAAGGGGCCACUUUAUCAAUGGUCCUAAUCCGGUUUAAUGUUUAAAUACUUCUCCUUUCGUACCCCCGGACGGAGCAGCGGCCUUUAGGAGGUCCAAGGAGCGGCGCAGAUUGACGACGGGCCCGGUAGCGCUAGUUAGAUAGUUGUUAGGAGGGUUAGCAGAGAGAGAAGUUGAAUGGAUCCGAGGGUCGCUUGGAUUCAGCCCGAACAGAAAGGACCUGCGAACGCCUUAUGGAUGCACGUCUGGGAGACCUCUCAGGGAAUACGGACACUCUCCGCUCAGCACCACCAGCUGCACAAUCAAAACAACAACCAGUGUGUGAAUUACGCUCAAUUGGAUGUUUUAAAAAAUGUGGCAUCGAGCAAGAGCAUCUGCAGCAGCAGCCAUCACAGCAUCAUGAACGGCACUACGAGCAUUAAUAACGCCACUGGGAACCUACAUAACUCCUUCAACACGACACACGCCGCUGAACCAGGUGAGGGGAAAGCCCAGAAGAACCAGAAGACGGGCUCCGGAUCCUCCUUGCAGGAGUCCCGGACGCAGAGCCCCCCGUCCAGCUGCUCGCUGGAGAGGACUAUAGGUGCAAAUGUAAUAGGCAACAUGAAUAAAAACGUCGGGGGUGCCAAUCUGCUCUUCAACGUGAGGGAAAGCAUGGACAAUAAUGUCAACCUUUACCACCAUCACCACCGUCACCCACAGCAGGAGCACCCGGCGUUCAAUUUACAGCAGAUUUGCGUGAAUCGCCACCAGGUUCAGGUUCACCCCUCUGUACCUGUAAACCACACACACAAUCACCACCCGGGUCGAAGGAAAAGUGACAACAAAGCAAGCACUUAUGGGAUGAAUUACUUGCUUUCAAACUGCACUAAUGGCAAUUAUGCGAGCACUUGGACGCCAUGGAAGACGAGGAAGUACAACCCUGGGGUCCUCGGACUCCACGAGGAGGUGAUGGACUUCUACAACUUCAUGUCUCCUCGGCCAGAGGAAGCAGCUAUGAGGAAGGAGGUGGUGAACCGGAUAGAGAUGAUCAUCAAGGAGCUGUGGCCCACUGCAGAUGUACAAAUAUUUGGCAGCUUCAGCACGGGCCUGUACCUUCCAACAAGUGACAUUGACCUGGUGGUGUUUGGGAAGUGGGAGCGCCCCCCGCUGCAAGAGCUGGAACAAGCUCUCCGCAAGCAUAACGUGGCCGAACCUUUCUCCAUUAAAGUGCUGGACAAAGCUACAGUGCCAAUCAUCAAGCUGACAGACCAGGAGACUGAGGUGAAGGUGGACAUCAGUUUCAAUGUGGAGACUGGCGUCAAGGCGGCAAGCUUCAUUAAAGAUUAUGUUAAGAUGUAUCCAGUGCUGCCUUACCUGAUCUUUGUACUGAAGCAGUUUCUGCUGCAGAGAGAUCUAAAUGAAGUCUUCACUGGGGGAAUCAGCUCUUACAGCCUCAUCCUCAUGGUCAUCAGCUUCCUACAGCUCCAUCCUCGUAUCGAUGCCAGAAACCCCAAUGAGAAUUUGGGCGUGUUGCUGAUCGAGUUCUUUGAAUUGUACGGCCGCCAUUUCAACUACUUGAAAACAGGGAUUCGCAUCAAAAAUGGAGGCGCAUACAUAGCCAAAGAGGAGAUCAUGAAGUCCAUGACAAAUGGAUACAGACCAUCCAUGCUCUGCAUAGAGGACCCACUCCUCCCAGGUAAUGACGUGGGGAGGGGUUCCUAUGGUGCCAUACAUGUCAAGCAGGUGUUCGACUACGCCUACACGGUCCUGAGUCACGCUGUGUCCCCGCUGGCACGGUCGUAUCCCAACAAAGACUCUGAAAGCACCUUGGGCAGGAUAAUCAGGUUGACCCAGGAAGUGAUCGACUACAGGGACUGGAUCAUUAAGAAGUGGGGGGGCAGGGAUCUGGCACGAACGGACAACAGAGUUCCACCUCCCAAGGAGCCAGCGUCGGAGCAGGAGCCCUGUGAGCAGCAAAGGGACUCGGUGUCGCCCCACAGCGCAGACUCCCCCAUGUCCAUCUCCAGCCCCCAGCAGCACUCCUCAGCUUCCUCUGUCUCCUCACUGUCUGGAUCAGACAACGAUUCUGAUUCCACGCUGCCGUGUCCCAUCCCCCCGCCAGCCCUGCCACAUUACCCGUCGUUCCCGCCUCUGGGGCUCGCUCUGCCACCAGGCCUCAACAUGGCCACCGGCAAGCCGGGCAUGGGAGGACACCACCACCUCCUCCUGCCUCCAGGCUCACAGGCUCGCGUCUCACUGCCCGGUGGUCUAGCAAUGCACUCCAUACCUGGCAGACAGGUGUGUAUAGACACCGGGCUCCCCCCCUUCUUCCACAUGCCCCCCCCAGCCCAUGCUCAUGCCCCUGCCCCCUCCAGCCCCCAGCCUCAGCCCAGCCCCCACUCCAGCCACACACACAAGAACGGAGUCAAGUUCAACGUGAAGGGCUUCCACAACCCGCCACUGGUCAACAACCCUGUUCUGCCUAACCGCGGACACACUCACACACACACACAGUAUCACCGCAACACUUGGCGACGCAGAAAGAGGGACAGCCUACCAGUUAGCCUCAGCAGAUAGAAACCACUCCUCUUCCACCCCCUACUUUUCGCUCCCUGUCCACUCUGGCUGCAAAACCCUGGUUCUUCUUCGUCUCGAAGGAGGAUGGACAGGCAGGCAGACAGAGGACCAGAGACCAGCAGUUUUCACUCUGGGGCUGUCGCCACACGGAACAACAGCCCUCAGCUCUGCAUCUUCUUCCUACUAUCUCUACCUUUCCAUUUCUGCAUGACUUCUGUUCACAGUUUGGUAGUUUCAGUAUUAUGUUACUUUCAGUAUUUUGUUUUCCUCAUCCUUAAUUCAGGUCUGCUCCUGUCCUUUUCUUUAUUUUGUUGGACUUGGUGGUGAUUACAUUGCAAAGUCCACUUGACCUCGUCUUGACCCUUGCAGCCAAGCUGCCUGUGGUUCAGUGUUCCUUUUUUUUGUUUACAGUUUUUACACUUCAGAACAAAUUUUCAUUUUUUUUUUUGUUUACAGUUUUACACUUAAGAACAGUUUUUCAUUUUGAGCAUUUUUCGUUUACAGUUUAUACACUUAAACAAACCAUUUUUUCAUUUUGUGCAAUAAUGUUAUUUUUCUUUUUGGAACUAAAGUAAAUGCUUAUUUAAUUUUGUGUGUAUAUGUAAAGGCAUUUUUAUACAGUUGUUUUAUUUUUGUAGAGUUUUAAAUUUUGUUUACGAUAACCUUCCCCGGGCAGCAUCUCUGGAGUGUGUGUGUGUGUACCUCGGUUGUUGUUUCUGUGCGUGUGCAGGAGUGUGUGUGCGUGCCUGUUUGUCAUUAAGGACCCCAGUUCAAAGGCCCCCCACUCCCCUAUUUCUCUUCUUCUCUCCCAUCUUUAUUUGUUGUUCUGUCUGAUAAAGAGAAGCGGGAAUAGAAUACAGCUCUUAUCUUGAUAUUCCUUCCAUUUUUUUCUUCACGUGUCUUGUGAAAAUGGACGAGAUUAACACGGAAUUCCUUUAUGGUAGUCUGUUUCCUCGCUCCAGUUAGUCCAAGGCAUCCUGCAGGGAAGUGGAGGGAUAGAAAUUGCACCCUGGGAUAUCCUGAGAGACAAGAGCAGAUAGAGCUUUAGCAGUGCCACCUCGAGAUUGUGUGUGUUUGUAGAUCUCCGUAUGUGUGUGUCCCUUAUGGGACUGUGCUGUUGCCAUAUUUCGUCAGUCAGGGGAAGGCUGGCAGUGGCCUGCUAGUUUUGUCUUGGCCAUCUUUCUCUCCACUGGAGGCGUUUUUUAAAAGAAAAGCCUCCAGACAGUGCAGAAUGUUGGCCUGAAAGAGCCGGUUCUGUUAAACAUAUAUGCUAGUGUUUUUUCAUUUUCGUGCCCGUCUCUUUUUAUUACAUGUUGCAGGAGGGUUGGGGCCAAGACGGCAACAGCUUAUCUGACUUGAAUUGAAAGAUCAAGAUUGGAGGGCAGAAAGCCACUGACUGAUCCCAGGUUCAGAGAACUCGUCUGUCUCUGUAGUCGAGGGACGUGUUUGUGGAAAUCUGAUCUCAGAGCUGAGGUCAACUCAUACCCGCAGCUGUAAAUCAGUGCAGACCGACACUAAGAUGCUCAGCGAUAAGGGUUCUCUCCUUUAUGGUCCUGGACAAAGGAGAACGAGGGAGGGAGAGGGGGGUCUUCCUGAACCAAGGACCCUAGUGAAAGGGAAUUAUAUUUUGAUUCCAUUCAGGAAUCUUGUGUAUAUUUGAUCGCCAGGUACUUCCGCUAAUUGUUUGCAAUGCCUUUCUUUCCUGUUUACUUGGAGUGUGUGUACGUCGUUUUCCGCGAGCACACCGUGUCACACAAAUACACACACACUCAGACAGGACUGUCAAAGGCUGUGACUCGCCCAAAACACUACACACGCUGGUGUUAUUACUAUGCAAGUGGAUUAUUCUAAUUAUUGUGUCAACUCUCCUGUCUUUUUUUUUUUGUUUUUUUGUUGUUGUUAUUUUUGUUUCAGAGGACAAACACUGCUUGUUGGAUUAGAGUAACGUUACUGACUGUCAAGCCAACUGGUGAACUACAAGCCCCUGACUCUUGUAUUUGUAUGAAGGUCCUGAUAUGUUUCAAAGUCUAGUUUUCUACAUCUAUCAAACGUAAAGGAAUGGGGGAUGUUAAUGUCAAUGCUUGGGUCUGUGUAGUGUGUGACAUAGUGAAACGUGUGUGAGAAAGUAAUUGAGACUCAUGACUUGCCACCACAGAUGUUUUUAAUCAGACGCCCAACGGUUCAUGAGCAGGUGCACCCAGAGCGCGACUUGCACUCUGCAGGUGCACUUCAAAAGGGGCCAACGUGUCCACAAACAAUUCUUUACCUUUUACUGAGACUCUGUUCAGAACUGUAAUGCUACUUGUGUUUACUUUUUUCUUUUAAACCAUGGCAACUCCGAUCCCUCAGUCAAAACAACUGCACCUGGCAUCAAUUCAACCUCAGAUGAAGGGUUUCUGUUUUGACCAGUGGCUCACGGGCAAAGCAGAUUAUGAGCUAAGCAUCAUCUCCAGCUAAAGAAAUCACUUUCAAUGAUUUGACAAAAAAAAAUCAUUAUGGACGCCACAGUCUUCAUUCCCUUUCACCCUAUUCUUCCCUAUUUGUUCUUGACAUAGGGAUGUGAUCACAUCGGUGCAUGAAAUACUCAGUUACAUGCAAUCCUAGCCCCGUUAUAAAUUGGAUCACAAGGUGGAUGUAGUUUCUAACUGCGUCCCUGUCAGCCAUGUCUGCUUUUAGAGAUCAGAACCAGCAUUGAUGAGAGGCUGAAAAUGGAAUUGGUAAUGGAUGGUUGUUGACUGGGUUAGAGUUGCCUGCAUCUUCACAGCAAAGACUUGACAUGCAGUAUCUUAGGAAGUCUGUAUGGAUUUGAAUC